AUGGAUACUGUGGGGAAAGAAUGGGGUGAUAUCCAAAGUGAUCUAGCAAAGAUGGAGGAUAUUCAUAAUCAAUACAUAAAAAAGUUAUCUGAACUGACGAAACUACAAGAGUCAUGCUUGAAAACGGUCAAACAUCAGCAUUAUAUUUUGGGAAACUACCGCGAAACUCUGAACAAGGCACAACAUGGUGCAAAUACAGCCGAUGACAAAGAGCGUAUUAAGAAGAUUGAACAUCAAAUGAUCGAUGCAAAAGCGAAACUUAGGCAGAUGGAGUCAGAACUACCAGUCCAAAAUAAUGGGUUCUAUCUAUCUUUGAUUCUGGGAAAGAAUCUUAAUUUGUCGCUGCUUUCCAAGAACGAUCGCUACAAGUACAAACAGGAUUACGAGUCUUUCAAGUGGAAAGUAACCGUAGCAAUUCUCAUUAGCGUCACACUCUCGUUCUUGUUUCCAUGGCGUGUUCUAGAUUCCAUUGGUAAUUUCCUCAUGGUUUGGUACUACUGUACACUGACUAUCCGAGAAAGCGUGUUAACUAUCAAUGGAUCUCGAAUCAAGGGUUGGUGGGUGAUGCAUCACUACCUAUCGUGUGUACUUUGCGGUAUUGUGUUAACAUGGCGAGAUGGCGAAUGUUAUCAAUCAUUCCGAUACCAGUUCCUGAUAUUCGUAUUGUACAUAUGUUUCGUUCAGAUCUUACAAACUCAGUACCAGUCUGGAUGUCUUCGUCGCCUCCAUUCACUUGGUGAAGGCCAUAUUAUGGAUAUCACUGUUGAAGGUUUCACGAGCUUCAUGUUUAAAGGUCUCACUUUUUUGCUGCCGUUCCUAGUUGCCGCAUAUAUCUUCCAAUUUUACAAUGCAUAUGUUCUGUGGUAUCUAUCAUACGAUUGUGAAGGACAGUGGCAGGUGUUCGCACUAUGCUUCAUGUUUUUCACUCUGGCUGUUGGUAAUAUUGUCACGACAAGCAUGGUGAUACUGAAGAAAUUACGAACUACCGGUUCUUAUAACUACAUUGUUUUACUGACGCAGAAGUACCGGACCAGAUCGGAUACAAAAGAAGAAUAG